AUGCCUUUACUCAGACUCGCUCCCCUAUUCUCUCUCGUCGUCUCUGCUCUCGCGGUCCCAAACGUGACCGUCGUCCCCCUUACAGGCGGCUGCUCCGACUACCCCAGCUACGACGCCUCGACCGGCCUCUCCACACAGUUCCUCCUUACCCUCAACAGCUGUGACAACAGCACUAUUGAAGGCUAUGGCGAUACUUGUCAAGUCAUCCGCCGCUCAGGGGACACUGGGAUCCAUGAAGGACGAAUCUCAAUCGCCACCAACAACCAGAUUGCAAAGACAGCAUUCCGGUGCAACAGCGCCCUGGGCCCUGGGGUUCUUGAAGCAUUGACCCCCACCGGAGUCUCAGGCUACGCGUACAACCAGGUGAACCUGACCUACUACCCGUAUGAUGCCGAGCUUGGGUGGGGGUUCGGGCAGUACAGCAAUCCCGUCUCCGCGUUUGCUCACUUUGAUGAGGAUGGGAACCGGAUCGACGGGGUGUUCUUAGGGCGGGAUAAUUAUACGACCUGGGGCGUCAAGUGGUAUCCGGCGGAUAGUGGGAGUGUGGAUGGAAACCCGUACUGGGGACUGCGGUUGUUGGGCGCGGAUAGUGCAGUCCCGGGGACGAAUGGGAGUGCAUUGUAUGAGGGAGAGUACCGGACGUUCUUGAAGGUUUCGGUUUAG